AUAUACUACUCAAUGGCCAAAGGCUUGUUCCUAUGCAAUCUGCAGAGUUGCAGACGAAAUAGCUUAGCAAUAGCUGUCAGGAUAAUCACCUUUCCGUCGUACUACUAGCAGAGAUGACGACACUCCCCGCCCUUAACCCCUUUCCCCGAGGGCCAAAUUGAGAAAAGCCCAACGCGAACGGGGGAAAAUCCCGAACCUACCAUCGCUGCGUCCCCGCUACCAUUGCGCCGCCGCCGGGGAUCGUGGAGGACUUGAGAUGCGGUGCGCGGGCUGUGGGGAGACGCUGGAGGUGGAGUCGGACCUCACCGAAUUCGCCUGUCCCAACUGCGGGAACCAUCAGGCGCUUCCGCCGGAGCUCAUGCCGCGGCACCCCCGCUCCCCGGGCACUGCGCACGGUCAGGGGCGAUUCGCCUGCCUGCUCUGCGGCUCUGAGCUUGCUGCCUUCCCAGCUGCUGCCAUUUCGGUCGUCGCGCCGCCCGCAGCUGUGCCCAUCACUCCCAGGCUCCCAGCAGACUGGCGCAGCCCUCUGAGGCAGCGAGGUAAAUUAUGUCGAGGAAAGCCCUAUCCAGUAUGA